GUCUUCUUCCUUUUGUUUCUAGUUCACUACAAUUGAGGGAAAAAGAACGGAGUUAAUCAUAUGGGAGUUGUGCUAUAAACUCCUUUACGACCCGUGAACAUUGGUUUUAACCCCCUUUUUGAUUUGGCUUAUUUUGUUUUCCUACGAUUAAGGAGUUGGAACAUCACGGCUGGUGGUUUAUUCAGCGCGCUAUAGACCAAUACCCUGAGGAAACACAGCUACACACCGUUGUCACUAUACCCCCCUCACGUCCAGGCUGAUUUUGAGAACUUGUUCACCCCGUUUGAGAAAAACAGAAGAAGCGUACAAGAAAAAUGGUGGAGAACACGGAAAGCCAACACCAGCAACAGCUGGAUGUAUCUCAGCUGAGCAUAAGGAACGUUGCUUCGCAUUCGUCUCAGCACUCUGCGGUUAGACCAUCAGCCUCGAUCCGCUCGGGCUCGCACGUGUCACUAUCGUCGUCGACGUCUGCGGAUGGCACGCAGAAGGGGAUCUUUCAUAGCACAAAGAGUAAGCUGAAGGGCAGUGUGAUGAAGGAAGAAGGUGUGAAGCUCACGCCAAAGACUUCUAGAAACUCGAUCUUUUCGAGCAAGCCAAGCUCACGCUCCCCCACGUUGAUUAAUCCAAGCCCACAGGUCUCUCAUGACCAUGAGGACCCGAAGACGAAGAGGAAAUUGGGGUUGAAGAGAUUCUUCAAGAAGGUUACGGCCGGCAAGAAGGAUAAAGAAGAGGCCAAAACCAGUAAGAGUUCGUCUAGUGAUAGCCAGAAGUCGAAACUCCAGGGUAAAUCAAAAACUGUGUCAAAGUUCCUCAACACAUUAAGCCCAUCGCAAUCAUCAACAUCAUCGCCAAAUAACAACAAGAUGGUGUUUGGAGUUGGGGUUGACAGCGCAUCAGAGUUGGUUGAGAAGUACGGUAUUCCAGGUAAGAUGUUGGGUGAAGGUGCCGGUGGUUCUGUGAAUGUUGUUCAGAGAAGCGACGGUAAACUGUACGCUGUGAAGAAGUUCAGACCAAAGAACGACCGUGAAUCCGAUGCAGAUUAUUCCAAGAAAGUAACUAGUGAAUUCUGUGUUGGGUCUACAUUGCACCACGAGAACGUUAUAGAGACCUUGGAUAUGCUACAGGAAGGCAUGACCUUUUUGGUUGUCAUGGAAUUUGCACCUUAUGAUUUCUUUACCAUUGUCAUGAGUGGGUUGAUGACAAAGCAUGAAAUACACUGUUGCUUCAAACAGAUUGUCAGUGGAACUGCCUAUCUCCAUGGGAUGGGAUUGGCACACCGUGAUUUGAAAUUGGAUAACUGUGUCGUUAACAAGUCUGGUAUCAUAAAGUUGAUCGAUUUCGGCUCUGCCGUUGUGUUCAAAUACCCAUACGAGAACGAAAUCGUCAAGGCAAAGGGAAUUGUUGGUUCUGAUCCUUACCUUGCACCGGAAGUGCUCGUGGAGCGCUAUUACGAUCCAAGACCUUUGGACAUUUGGUCAGUUGCUAUUAUGUUUUGUUGUAUGACAUUGAGACGUUUCCCUUGGAAGGCACCAAAACAGACAGAUAACUCCUUCAAGUUGUUUUCAUUGAAGCCAGAACCUAAUCCUGAUAAUCCAGAGCAUAAAUCACGUUCAAAGGGACCAUAUCGUUUGAUGAGACUUUUACCACACGCUUCAAGACCAAUCAUCGGGAAGAUGUUAGAACUCAAUCCAUCAGAAAGAGCAACCAUGGAUGAUAUUCUUACAGAUCCAUGGUUUGAAGGUAUAGAGGUUUGUCAUGCUAACGCUGACGGUGAGCUCGUUAAACAACCAGAGACGCACACCCAUCACCUAGUGACGGAGGACGAACUGAACGAGCUACAAAAGAAGAAAGAAGAAGAAAAGAACCAAAAAGAAGCAACCGUUGAAACUGCUCAACCAGUUCAAGUUGAAGGCUGAAGCUCUAGCUUACUAUAGUCACUUUUUUUAUUAUAGCACAUAGUACUUACACACAUUGAUAACGCAGCAGUUCUUUGGUACGAAGUUCUAGUCCCAUAUAUGAUUCAUGAUUUAUACUAUAUUAAAUAUUUCUCUAAUGAUCGGGUGUCAAAGUACAACUCGAUAGAUAAUCAUUCAUAAAGUAGGCCUAGUGUAGAGAAUUGUAGAUAGGAUCACGGUUCUUGACACCGUAAUAGGUCUUUUCAGCAGACUCU